AUGCGCCCGUGCCUCGGAAGCUUCUUGGCUUCAUUUCUGACGCUGCUGAAGCUCGCCAAUGGCGUCGCGCGAUUCGAGCCGGCUAGCGUCAGCGACACGAGUCUGGUUAUAAAAAUGAUAAAGGCGGACAACGUCUCCAGCUUCGACAUGAUCGCAUUCAUCUACGACCUCGAUCGACUUGUCGAAUUCAGGAAAACGGAAGUGAAAGGCAGCCAGAGGGAUCAGCUCUUCUCCUUCGACGGCCUUCUCCCAAACACCUGGUUCGUCUUCCGCAUCCACUACCGCCUCAUCUUCAACCAACCGAACUCACUCAAUAACGACCUCGAGACGAAGCAGGAGCUAGUCGUCCGAACCAAGAACAGCUCCAAAGAAAAUCCAGAGAAAGUCAACGACACCGUCGCGUUCAUCGAAGAGACAUUUCUGGGCACUUCUGACGUGUAUAUCGCGGUGAAAUCGGUGUUCCCGGAUGCGAAAAAGGUGAUCACCGUCAUCGUCCCAGAAAUGCGAUGCGGACGGGGCGUCAUCAAGCCGUUAGCCCAACAGGUCGCGACAAGUGCGAGGUUCCACUUCGAGGUCUCGCAGCUAGGGCUCAAAACCAAGGACUGCUCCCAGAUUUGCAUCUUUCCCUUCCUACGGGUCCAGAUUCGGAACGGGACGACGGAGACGUUCAGAGCCAAAGAAUGGUGCGGCACCGUGCAGGAGGCGAACAAAUUGGGCACGUCGGACGAUAGUACGAAAUAUUCCCUAAUUCCAGUCCUUCUUCUCCUCAUAGCCGCCGGCGCCCGUUUA